AUGCAACAGCAGCACUCGGAGCAACAGAACGAAGGAACCCUUGAAAGCGUCACGUUUCACCCCUCAUCCACCUACCCAAGUAAAAAUAAUACGACAAAUAUCGAUCGCCAUGAAUUCCCAUGUGAUUACCGCUCUGAUUACCCGAAUAUUUCCGGAGAGACUGUGUCCAUGUCUUCUGACACUCGAGGUGUACAUUCAGUUCCUGUAAGCACAUUGUCAGUGGCAGGGAAAGUGAUUUCAGCCACUUCGUCCACUAUGGACAUACCUACAGAAAACCAAAACAAAACCUCGUGUGUAGAUUCCCCUUCAGAAAAUACUGCCGCUUUGCAGAUAGUGAACUCUUGGCAUCCUCACGUCUACGCAAAACCACCGAAAAAUCCCACGCCGCAUUUUAUAUCUGACAUCAUGGGCUGGGGACGCAACAGUGACACGGCCAGCAAA